GCUUGGAAGAUAUGCGCUUUGUGGCAAAGUCCUCCUUUUCUCCACACACGCUUCUAAGCCUCGGCACAUCUCCUCACAUUGCUACUAACUACACUUUAUUCAUCUUCCGUGUCAGGAUAAACUCCACUCGUCUCAGCCACAUUUGGAGAUUAUUAGGCCCGUUUAGCUUGAUAGUUGUUUGAGCGCGCCAAUUAGCUUAGCAUGCUAGUUAGCUUAGCUUGUUAGCCGCUAACAAAGAGACGCGGAUUUGAUCAACACAUCGCUUAGUUAAGAUCAAGUGUGAGUGUAAAGUGUUGUGAUUGUGUGAAAAUGUGCGAAAGAACGAUAGAAAAGUAUGAGGAGGAACUUUGUUGUGUGAAAAUGUGCGAAAGAACGAUAGCAGAGUACAAAGAGGAACUUUCUCGUACAAAAGAAGAGAACGAGAGACUACGUCAACUAUUGGAGGCUGUUUUCAAGAAAGCUCAAGUUGUGUUACACAGAACAGAUGUCUGUAAAAAAUAUCGCCCACCUGAGCAGCAGGAGGGGUCCUCCAGUAUGGAGCAGAAGAAGUCACAGUACCUCCACGUGAAAGAAGAGGAGCCAAAGCCCCCCUACUUUAAAGUGGAGGAAAAACAGCGGCUGUCCCCCCACUUCAUAAAGGAAGAGAAGAGACACCUCGUCAGUGUGAAGAGUGAAGAUGAUGAGGUCAAAGACGUCUGUGAAGAACAUCUUCAACCUGAGCAACAGAAGUGGAGCUUCAGGAUGCGGACGGAGGAGCCACAGCCCUCCCACAUUAAGAAGGAAGAGGAAUACCUUCAGAUCCCCCAUUUUAAAGAGGAAGAGGAGGACCAACUAACACCCCAUUUUAAAGAGGAAGAGGAGGACCCACUGAUACCUCUUUUAAAAGAGAAAUCGGUGAAGAGUGAAGAUGAUGAGGUGAAAGGUGAAAGUGAGGAGAGGGGAGGGGGGGAGCCUCCAAGCAGCAGCUCAACACAACACAUGACAACAGAAGCUGAUGGAGACCACUGUGGAGGAUCACAAGCAGACAAGCUCUUAGCUCCACUAUCAGAUAGUGAGGACACAACGUCACACUCUCCUGACACUGAUGAUGAAGACUCUAAAGAUGAUAAGACAUGUCACACUGACAACACUCACUUCACAUCUUCUCACUCUCACAAAACCUUUCAAUACCAUUGUCAUCUGAAAGAACACAUGAGAACACACACUGGAGAAAAAACUUUUAUCUGUUCACUCUGCGGUAAAUGUUUUGCACGAAGUUCAAGUUUGGUAAAACACAUUAAAACACACACUGGUGAAAAACCUUUUUCCUGUUCAACCUGUGGUAAAAAUUAUACUCAAAGCCAUAAUUUGAAAACACACAUGAGAACACACACUGGAGAAAAACCUUUUUCAUGUUCAAUCUGUGGUAAAAAUUUUACUCGAAGGCAAAAUUUUAAAACACACAUGACAAUACACACUGGAGAAAAACCUUUUUCAUGUUCAAUUUGUGUCAAAAAUUUUACUCAAAGGCAAUCUUUGAAAAUACAUAUGAGAUUACACAAUAGAGAAAAAAAUGUUUCCUGCUCAGACUGUGGUAAAAGUAUUGUAAUAAAUCAAAGUUAAAAAUUACAUAUGAGAACACACACUGGAGAAAAACCUUUUUCAUGUUCAAUCUGCGGUAAAGAUUUUACUCAAAAGAAGCAUUUCAAAGCACACAUGAGAAUACACACUGGAGAAAAACCUUUUUCAUGUUCAAUCGGUGGUAAAAAAUCCAUUCGAAGGCAAAAUUUAAAAACACACAUGACAAUACACACUGGAGAAAAACCUUGUUCCUUCUCAUAAUGUGGUAAAAAUUUUGUCAUAAGACAAAGUUUAAAAGUAAAAAUGAGAACACACGCUGGUGAAAAACCUUUCAUAUGUUCAGUAUGUUGUAAAAGUUAUAUAGAAGGACGACAAUUAAAAUUACACAUGAUAUAGCAGUCUGGUGAAAAACCAUACUCCUGUUCAAGCUGCGAUAAAAGCUUUGGUCACCUAAACACUCUUACAGUGCAUAUGAGAACACACGCAGGUGAGAAAGUGUGGAGUUGCAGUGUGUGUGGUGAAAGAUUGUCUUCUAAGUACCAGUGUAAGAAACACAAGUGUGCUGGUGAGAACAGCAGCAGCAAAUGAAACUGCAGGAUUUGAAAUAAACUGUCCAGACUUUCAUUUUGACUUUCUAACAACAUCAGCACAUAUAACAUGUGUGACAUUGUUGUUUGUCCAACAAUCUGUUUAAUAUGAUUCUACAUUUAUAGAUUAGACACUUCAGAUUAGUGUGUUUAUCACAGUCAAGUACAUGAUUUAAUAUACAUAUUUGUGUACUUUAAAAUGAACACAACAAUUUGACUGAAAAGGUGAGAAUAAACAGUACAUAAAAUUAUGUUACAUGCAAUAAAUAUUGUAUGUGUAGAUAUCCAUAAUUUACCUCUAUACUUAUUCAUAAUAGUGUUUUAUAUGUUUUUUGAAGAAUGGUUGAUUGGCAACACUAAAUGUUCCCUAGUGUGUGAAUGUGAGUGUGAAUGUUGUCUAUCUGUGUUGGCCCUGUGAUGAGGUGGCGACCUGUCCAGGGUGUACCCCGCCUUCCACCCGAUUGUAGCUGAGAUAGGCGCCAGCGCCCCCCGCAACACCGAAAGGGAAUAAGCGGUAGAAAAUGGAUGGGAUGGAUGGAUGUGUUACAUAUUUUAUUUUCUAAUUGUAGAUAAUUCCAUAGAUGAACUCCUUUAUAUGAUGUACAUAUUUGUUUUACAUGUGUUCAUACCUUUGCUUUUGAGUACACAUAAAUCCCUCUUAGUUCAUAUUUACUGCUUCACAUCUGAAACAUCUUCUGGACCACUUCUGGAAGCAUAUUAUUAUUUACUUUAUACAUCAUUUGAACAGUUGUCUUUUAUACAAGAUCUUUUACUUUUAUAAUGUGUGAUUUUUUGAAUAAUUUGUUGGGUCUCUAGAAUCCAUUCUAUUAAUUGUCUUUAUUACUCUCUUGAAUAUGAAUAUUGUUGUGUGAUUGUUUUAUAUGUAUGUCCCCAGACUUUUAUGCAAUAAACAAUGUAUGCUUCAACUGAAGUUGGCUACAAUAAU